GGCGGCCGAGGAGGAAGCCCUGCGGCUCCGGAGAAUGUGCUGCGUGGGCUGCGGCAGCAGCUCUGCGUGCCUCCCUGGCCUAUGGUUCCUGUUUUGGCACGGAUAUAAAGGCGGCGUGGGCAGGGAGAGCCCAGCAGGAGCGCGGUACCGCGGGGCAGCCAGGAUGGGAGCGCAGAGCCUGGCGGCGGCUUGCGGGGUGCUGGCUUUGUGCCUGGCCCUCACCGGGGCCACCAACCCCGGCUUCGUGGUGAGGAUCACCCAGAGUGGAUUGGACUAUGCCCAUCAGCAGGGGAUCGCCAUCCUGGAGAAGGAGCUGGCCCAGCUGAAGCUGCCAGAUAUCUCGGGUGACUUUCGUGUCCGGCACGUGGGGAAGGUGCACUAUGAGAUCUCCAGAUUGGACCUUCGCAGUUUCAACUUGCCGUACUCGCGGAUUUCCCUGGUCCCCAACGUGGGCCUGCAGGUCUCCAUCUCCAAUGCUUUCGCCGAGGUGGAUGGGAACUGGCGGGUGAAGAUAUACUUCAUCCGGGACCACGGUUCAUUUGACCUGAAGGUGGAGAAUGUCUAUAUCAAAAUCAACCUGAAGCUGGGCAGCGAUGCCUCUGGGAAACCCACCAUUGACACCUCUGACUGCAGCACCCGCAUCUCCAAAGUCCGGGUACACUUUUGGGGCAAGCUUGGAUGGCUUUACAACCUCUUCUAUGGCGCUGUUGAGUCCAGAUUCCGGAAUAUUUUGGAGAGCAAGGUCUGUGAGAACGUGGUCACGUCUGUGCGCAGCGAGCUCCAGCCUUACCUCCAGACCCUGCCAGUCACAGCCAGGAUAGAUGACAAGGCCGGGAUCGAUUACUCCUUGGUGGCACCCCCAACUGCUACCGCCCAGUCCCUGGACGUGGACCUGAAGGGCGAAUUCUUCUCCCUGGCCCACCGCUCCACCGUCCCCUUCCCUCCGCUGGCGCUGGCCUUCCCCCCGGAUCACGACCGUAUGGUUUACUUUGGGGCAUCCAGCUACUUCUUCAACACAGCCAGCUUCGCCUACCACGCAGCCGGGGCUCUGGUCUUCGAAAUCACAGACUCCGUGAUCCCGAAGGGCAUGGGGUUCCACUUGAACACCUCCACCUUCUCAGCCUUCAUUCCCCAGCUAGAGAAGAUGUAUCCGGACAUGCCGAUGAAGCUCAGGCUGUCCGCCCCUUCUGCUCCGUUUCUGAACAUCGGACCAGGGGGGCUCUUACUCAAGCCUGUCGUGGAUAUCCAGGCUUAUGCCAUCCUUCCCAGCUCCAGCCUGGCUCCUCUCUUCCUCCUCAGCCUGACAAGCAAUGUGUCUGCUGUCAUCAACGUGAAAUCUGGCCACAUAGUUGGGAACCUGACUGUGGGCAGGUUGAGGCUCUCUCUGAAGCAUUCGGAUGUUGGCACUUUCCAGGUGCGAAUGCUGCAGUCCUUAAUGAACACCAUUGCUUCCACUGUGCUUCUCCCGAAUCUUAAUGAAAGGUUAGCUGAGGGUUUCCCUCUGCCACUGCCGGACAGAAUACAGCUCUCCAAUAUCCUCGUGAGGUUUCACCAGAAUUUCCUGCUGCUUGGAGCAGACGUCCGCUAUCAGCCUCUGGAAUGGAGAUAAGGCGACGAGAGGGACCUUGAGUGCCAAAAAAAAAAAAAUGCCCCCUUCGCCCCUUCCCUCCCCCUGGCCCUGCUGCCGCAGCUGAAGACCCCCGGUUCUGCCGCAGCGUCCCUCUCCGCCCGCCUCGGCCUGGGCAGAAGCACCCCCGGGGGCUGAACACCACGUCCCCCAGCCCCAGCAUCACCCGGUGCUGCUGAGAACUGGGGGUCCCUGGCCCCCCCCUCCCCUCCCGCUUCCCCUCUGCCAGGGGCGGUUGGUGGCAAUAAAGGCGGCCGGCGCUGG